UCCUUGAAGUUGAGCGGUUAGAACAGAGUCUCUAAGAAAGGGCCUCUUGAGAGUUUCAGGCAGGCUUGGGAUUGGGAGUCAGAAGUCUGAAGUUGUUCCAAACCGUGUUUGGUAUUGCAUGAGAAGGUCGGGAGGGAAAACUGGAAAGAAAAGUCAGUCGGGCCACAGGAAAAGAAGGCUUUAAGGUUGAAUUCUUCUCCACAGUGGGAUCCAUUAAAAUCUCAGGAGGAAGGAAAAUGAGAUCUGGAUCCCUGUAGCUGGCUGGAUGUCGCUGAUCAGAGUGAAUCGCUUUGGUCCCCGGGGAGGUGGAAGGAAAACCCUGAAGGUAAAGAAGAAAGCCACAGCGAGGCAAGAGUGGGAUAAUACUGUGAAUGAUCUAACAGUUCACCGGGCAACUCCUGAAGAUCUGGUACGCCGUCAUGAGAUACACAAGUCAAAGAACAGAGCAUUGGUGCACUGGGAACUUCAAGAAAAAGCUUUGAAGAGAAAAUGGAAGAAGCAGAAACCAGAAACUUCCAGUCUUGAAAAAAGAAGAUUAUCUAUCAUGAAGGAGAUUCUUUCUGACCAGUACCAGAUGCAGGAUGUGCUGGAGAAGUCUGAUAAUUUGAUGGCUGCAGCCAAAGGUCUGUUUGCUGAUGUUCCGCGUAAGCGCACAGGGUUUCCAAAUGUAACCAUGGCUCCUGAUUCCUCUCAGAGUCCCAUUGGAGUAAAUCAAGACCCUGGCAUCCAGUCUGCCCUUAAUGAAUCUCUUAUAGAGCCUCAGGCUCUUAAUGAAGUAGAUGGUGAAGGAGAAGAGAGCACUGUUCACAGCCAGUCAGAAGACAGCGAGAGUGAACUGCCUACCGCCCUCAGCUCACAGUCUAACAUGAACACAGAGAGGUUUCUUCACCAACUAAAGGAAGAGAAUUCUGAGUUAAUCAAUCAAUUGUGGACCGAUAUUCAGCAGAAACUAGCUACCCAGUCACAGGGAGCUCCGCCGGGAACCCCGUCCCAGGUGCUCUCAGCGGAGGACCCGAAAGAUGCUCUGAAUGCGACCCAUGCCAUCAAGAGACUCCAGGCUGGGCUUCAGCCCGAGGAGUCCACCGAGACCGCUGACUCCAGCUAUGUGGUGGGACAAGUGUUGAACUCAAGAAAGCAGAAGCAGCUGCUAAAUAAAGUGAAAAGAAAACCAGAUAUUCGUGCUCCUUCUAAGCAGAAGAAAAACAUGUUAUCCUCCAGCACAACCUCCACAGACUUACCAAGUAGCAACAGCUCGAGCUUGGAUAUCCUCAAACACAUGAUCCAUGAAGUGGAACAUGAAAUGGAAGAAUAUGAGCGGUGGACGGGGCGUGAGGUCAAGGGGCUGCAGGGUGGCCAGGGACUCACGGGCUUCACUCUGUCGCUGGUGAGCUCCCUCUGCCGCCUGGUGCGGUACCUUAAAGAGAGUGAGAUUCAACUGCGGAAAGAAGUAGAGACAAGGCAGCAUCUGGAACAGAUGUUAGGUGACCACCGAGAGCUCAUCGAUGCUCUGACCGCAGAAAUUCUUCUCCUCAGAGAAGAAAAUAGUACCACACAGGCGAGACUUCAGCAGUACAUGGUCUCUACAGAUGAGCAGCUUAUAUCGCUCACACAUACCAUUAAGAACUGUCCUGUGAUAAAUAACUCUAGACAAGAAAGUCAAGCAUCAGAAAGGGCGACUCUGGGUAGAAGACUUAUGGAUAAUGUAGAGGGUCCUGUUGUAAGCAGUAAUGUCUCCAUGCCAUUGAUGUUCAGAGGGGAAGAAGCCGUUGACUUCCCACAGGAAGAGUUACCUGUUAAACUCUCUCAGGGGCCGACCCCCACAGAGAACUUGAAUCUGGCCAGUAAUUUCCCAGCACAUAUUUUCCAGCCAGCUGUGAUGUUAACACCCCCCAGGCAGAAGAGCAACUCAGAAUUCUCUCCUCUACAGGAUGUAUUGAGGAGAACGGUUCAGACCCGCCCCGCUCCACGAAUCCCCCCGACUGUGGAAGUCAUAGAGAAGGGACAGAACUGGGAAAAGAAGACCUUGCCUGUUGAUCCAGACAUUCAGAACUCAAGUGAGGAAAAUCGCCUCUUUACUCAGAGGUGGAGAGUUUCUCACAUGGGGGAAGACCUGGAGAACAAAACUCAGGCACCGUUUGUUAACCUGUCCCAGCCCCCUUGCAAUUCCCUUCCCACCACUCAGCAGUCGAGAAAUCCUGCGUUCUCAGAAGAGCCUCCAGUGCUUGGAGACGGGCAGCAGCUUAGAACCAACGAGGCACUGGCACAGAGGAAGGACAUAAUGGCACGGAUUGCUGAGUUGACACUGCAGAAUUCGGCCAUCAAGGCACACCUGAAUAAUAUUACCCAGUCGGUGGGAGAGCAAGGGGACGGACUUCGCGAGCCGAGCAAACAGGGAAGUGCCGGUGACCUGCCUGCUAAUUUUCCAGUAGUUCAAUCUCUAGUGCCAAGUAGCAUGGAGGAACGGAUUGCAGAGUUGAACCGGCAGAGCAUGGAGGCCCGCGGCAAACUGCUCCAGCUCAUAGAGCAGCAGAAGCUCGUUGGUUUGAACCUUUCCUCCUCGCCCGUGUCUCCAGUUCAGUCGCCUCUCAGAGCCUGGGCCGAAGAAGGAAAGCGAACCAUAGAGGUGUCUGUUCCAGGAAUGGAGGCUCCAGAGACUUCGAAAUGCAACACGGUGUCUCCUGUCAGUGGGAUCAGUUCAAGAAGAUCUUCAGGGGCUACUAGUAAUUCUUGUUCUCCGCUAAAUGCCACCUCAGGAAGUGGGCGAUUCACACCCGUUAAUCCAAGAACAAAGACCGAAAAGCAACAUGAAGAAGGCUGGUUCGCUCUCUCUGCCCACAUGUCCUAGAGAAGAUGAAGUGGAGCGGGCCCUCAGUGACUUAUCCUUCCUUCCUCUCCUCCUCGUGGAUCCUCCUUUCAAGUUGAGACAUUUUCUUUAGAUAAAACCUGCAUUAAUGGAAACAAGGAAAAGAACAAUUAUUUUUAAUAUUUUACCUUUUCAAAUAGGUUUUUCACAAAGCAUCUAACCUAUGAAUUUCCUGUGAAUAAAACUUUGACUGUAAGAAAAUUUAAGUUUUAUAUUUGAUUGACCUUGUUAAACUUUUUAGUAAUACAUUGUUACCCUUGUCAUUGCUGUUGAAGGUUUUGUUUUUGUUAUCGUUUAGUAAAUCUUAUAUGUGGAUCAUCUUCCCAGAAGAACUAAAUUGCUUUAUGUAUAACUUAUAAUAAAUUUUUUUCUGGCUUUCAGAAAAAUGUGAUAAUUUUUUUUCUACUAUCCAUCAUUCCAAAUUGAAUGUACAGCUUUAAAAAAACAAAAGGCUGAGGCUGUGGGGUAUACCUAUAAUCCCAACAUUCAGAAACUUGGGGCAGGAGCCUCUCUACUAUACAGUGUGUUCCAUGUCAGCCUGAGCUAUGUAGAGAACUCUGUUUCAACAAAAGAACAGGAGGUGGAAUAUGAAUGUUUGUUUCUUUUUCUUAAGUAACAGUGGCUAUGUGUUUAAUAAA